GUGAUAGAAGUAGCCAAAGCCAUUCUGGAUAGUGGUGAAGAAAUUCCUGUAACACUAACUGGAAAGCUGUUGAAAUUUCAACUGCUUUGUCUCAAACAGAAGGAUCUUCAGAGAAGAGAAGCUGAAAAGAAGGUAAGAACAACAAAAGGAAAAAGAUUUUUUAAAGAGAAAGCUAAACCUCCCGGCAAGAAGGAGAACCUCCCUAGAGCCAAGACAGCUGAGAAAGAAAGGAAAGGAAAAAAGACAGAAGUAGGCCCUCUAGCACCAGUCACUGUUAAAAAGGACACCCAACUGAAGCGACGGGGAGAAGUGGAAGAGGAAGACAAAUACAUUGAUGAUGAACCAGAUGAUGGUGCCCAUCAUUACUUUAUAAUUUUGGAUUUCCACAACCCUCAGCUGUUGCCUGUGAUGUCUGAGCUUGGGAUUAACAUUUCAAGUGUAAUUAGAAUUUCUUCUGAGAAUUAUAAGCCAUUGCAGACAUACUUGAAAACAACGAAACUUCAGGAACAAUCUUUACUUUCACCUGAAGUUGUAGAAGCAGAGAAAAGAAAGAAAGAUGAAGCUAUCAAAGACCUGGAAACAUUUUGGAAAUACCUGGAGCCAGUUCUGAACAGUGGAAAGUACGGAUCAAGUCUCUUUGAUGUUGCCACACUUCAUCACCUAGUUAAGGAGAGUGCCUUUCCCCCUGAUUGGUCUGACAGAGAAAUGCUGCUUGCAUUUGGCACUGCGCUGUUUGAAAGCAUUGCUUGUUUAAUGUAUGACUGCCUGGACUGGCGAAGACAGCAUUGUAACUACUUGGAAAACACCAAGUUUAUUAAUGUGCCUGCAUUAUCAGAGAGCAAAUCGACACAACCACCUGUAACUGAGGUACAACCAGCAUCACAGAUGACGCCAUCAAAGAAAAAAGGGCAAGCAGAAGAAAUUCUGCCAAGAGUAAUUUUGUCACAGGAGCAAGAAGCUUCUAUUUUGGCUGCUUCCGUGGACAUGAGGUAUUACAAUGACUUGCUGAGUCAGAUUCCUGAGGAAUACUUUUCUGUACCCUUAAUGCUGAACUGCAUGUUGGAACAGGUUAUUGCAAGUGAAGAAGACCUUACACCACCUAGUCUAGUGGUGCCAGAGCCCCGAGCAGAUGGGCUACAUCAUACCAUUGCAGAUCAUAUAGCCUCUGUCAUUCCUUCUCUUUCACUUUCUGAGAGUGAAAAAAAGAAUCUAUAUGACUACUUUUCUCCUAAAUACAGUGAAAAAAAGACUGUCACCCCCAAGUACCCUCUCUUAUUUAACUACCAUGAUACCCUGGCUCAGCGGUUGCACCUGCUGAAGGUCCAGGAGAACUUAAAUCUAGAAAAGAUUGAACGUGAAAUGAUGGAUAAACUGCCUCUUACAGAACUUAUCCAUUUCACCCUUCCUUCAACUGAAAACAACACUAAACGCUUGGCCAGAGUUCACGAGCUCAUGCAUUAUUGUACCAGUGAACUUCUGAGUUGGGCUGAAGUAGAAAGAGCCUUCAAAGUGUUUACUUUUGAAAGCCUGAGGCUGACUGGGCUGAGUGACUCUGGUCUCCUGCAGAGCUCUGGAUCUAUGCUUGGAGGUGAUUCUGAAGUGUCUUAUAUCCCUUGGGAUAAUCCAGCCCGGUUUGCAAGACAGCUGAGACAACUAUUCCUUACGGAAAAGAAGCUUAGUGGGAAAUCUCCAAGAGGCUCUGGAUGGACAGAAACAAAUGGCAAAGAUGGAAGAGAUGAUGGAAGAGAUGGUCUGGCUGAUCCUGUUUUGAACAAAGAAUUGGAUCUUUUUAUUUCUGAUAUGGUGAGUCCGGAAAAUUAUGGCCUAGGACCAAACUUAGAAGAAAUAAAAAAGACACAGAGGCGUUGUUUGACAGACUGGAGUUUCACUGAGCAUUUUCAACCCCAUGUUCUUCUUCAGGUUCUUCAUACCGCAUCCCAAGAAUAUAGAUGUAUUGAUUCCUUUUAUCAUACCCAAGAUAACUCUUUGCUAAUGGUUCUUCACAAUCCUAUGAAUCAGUAUCGUUUGUGCCAAGAGACUUGGGAUAUUGCAUUGCACUCUAAUGUUGGAUUCAGGAACUAUCUCGAGCUGGUGGCCAACUCAGUUGAAGACUGGGUGAAAGAGGAAGAAGCCAAAUACCAAGAAGAGAAGAUGGCUAAGGAAAUAGAGUCUCUUAAACUGGAAAAAGCCAUGGCAGAAGAACCUUUUGAAUUGUCUGCAUGUGCUGUUAAAAAAAAUGGUUUCUCUAAGAAAGCCAAAAGCAGCACGUCAGGACCUGAGAGCGUAACAGAGACUAUUCCAGAAUCUCAAUCCAACAAUGAAAAAAGUCCUUUUAUCAGAGAAGGUUCUCUAAAGUUUCUUGGCUACAAUACAGGGGAGGAUCUCAUUCAAGUAUCAGGAACCAAUCAAUAUCUUUUCCCAUCUGAUGGAGGACAGAUUCAUGUAGAGAAGAUAGAGUUUGUGAAAGAUCUAACUUUGGUAAAGGUGAAAGUGAUAAAAGACAACCACAAUUUCUUCAUUCAUAUCACCGACCCCCAAAAAAGCUUAAAAGAAAUCGAAGUGCAAGAAAUUAAUGAAGAACAGAAAACUAGAUCAGGAAAAUUGAAAAAUCAAAAGAAAGCUGUGAGCAAGUUUGGAUCUUUUUCAGCCACCUUGGAAAAUGGAAUCCAGCUGUCCCUGAGCUAUUAUGGACCUACAGGGAAGACAGCAGAUGAUAAAACAGAUCCUGUCUUAGCAAGAAUUCUGAACAUCCCUUCUGUUCAUAUUCCGACCAUAAUUUCUCCUGUUACAUCAGCUUCAGGAAAAAAAGAUAAGUCCGUCAAACAAAAAUCAGGAAAAUCUCUGCCAUCCAGAAAAGUAAGUGAUAGCAAGAUAGGCCCUCCACCACCUGAUGACCUGGUAAAGCAGGAAGGAGGAAAGGUGGAAAUGGAAGAAUCACCUUCCCAAACACAAGUGAUGUCAAAUGGUCUUGCAUUCCCAAGUUUGAAUGUCUCCUGUCCCAAUGGACUAGUAUUAACUUUCCUUGGUGAAAGUUUUGGAGAUUUGAAAGGUGAAGCCACUACAGCUGAAGCUGAGAAACAGGUGGUAAAGAAAAGUGAGGCCAAAGCAGAUGAAGCCAAGGAAGUGGAGGUUGAGCAAGGUGAGACCAAAGCAAAUGAAGCAAAGGAGGAAGAGGUUAUGGCAAGUGGAGAGGAGGAAUGUGAGGUUACAGAAGGUGAAAUAAAGCAUGAAGACACCAAAAGAGAACAGGCCAAGCAGCCUACUCUGGAAAUUCUGGUUAGGCAGAGUUAUCCCCAAAAGGUAAAGAACUCUCAUCUGUAUACAUCUGUGGCAAGGCAAACAGAACAAGAGGUGUCAAGAGUCAUCACCAGUCAAGGAACUGUCGUAAAGUACAUGAUGGAUGGAUCUACCCAGAUUCUGUUUGCUGAUGGCACAGUGAGUAGGAGUCCUGAUUCUGGCCCUGUUUUACCACCACUUACAAUUCCAGAUAACAUGCAACCGUUACCAGAAAUGGAGCCUUCACCUGAGACCAGCACUAAGAAAGGAAAAGGCAGUGGCAGAAACAGUGUAUCAAACAAGGACGAGUUGUUUGAAAAUGCUGUGCAGGGUCUGGUUAAUUCUGAGCAACCUAAGGAGAAUCAGGCAGGAACCUGGAUAACAACAACUCCAUCAGGCAUUCGAGUGGGCACUGAGGGAGCAAAGAGAAUGGAUCUGAAGCCACUCUUAAUCUAUCAGGCAACUGACCCAGCUGAUGGAACGGUUAUGACUGUACGAGACGAUGAAGUGAUAAUUGUUGAGAAGCUGGAUGGUAGCAGAGUAGUGGAUCAUGCUGAUGGUACUAGGAUCACGACUUUUUAUCAAAACUGUGAAGAACUUUUUGUACCAGAGGAUAGUGAGGAAACAGAUGAACCCUCAGAAGCCAUCACAAGGAAGGUGAAAUGUAUGCAAGUAGAGAAUCCUGAGUUUGCUACUGUUAUAACAAAUUGUGAGGACGGUACCUGUUGUACCAUCUUUGGAGAUGGGACAUCUAUUAUAGCAAAGCCACAGGGAACAUAUCAGGUUUUACCCAUCAAGACAGGCUCUCUUUUCAUUGAUGAAGAUUGCUCAGCAGUUUAUACCCAUGAAGUUUACAAUUUCAUCAGCAAGAAAGAAGAGAAACAAGCAGGGAGAUACAUUAUGAAACACACUUCCAGCACUAUUUGUGAGAUGAUGGAUCCUGAAGGAAAUCUUUUCAAGGUCAUGGCUGAUGGCAGCACAUCUGUGUGUGUUCCUAGCAUUGGCUCUGAUAAAAAGGAAGACAGAAGUUCAGCAUCAGCACUCCCAGAAGUUAACAAACCUAUCACUUAUGAUGAGCAUGUCCCCAGGUUCUUCAUCAUCUACGCGGAUGGUUCUGGAACCGAGCUCCUGCGGAGCAAGGAUGUACACAAGUAUCUUGGUGGAGCCUGUAGUGAUCCCGCUGCUGCUGUCUUGCAGGAUCCUGUACAAGAACAUCCAGGUGUUUUAAGUAUUACUGUCCUCUGCCCUUUGGCUGAAACCUCCCCUUGGGUAAUGAAGAAAGAACCAGAGAGUAUUGUUCCUCCAAAUCUUCAGUCAAGGACCCGGGACACAUCUUCUGCUCUUGAGAGGAAGAUCACGGGUCCCUCGGUCAGAACACAUACUUGGAGGGGUCUCUGCAUUGGAUCCAAAGAGCAGAUGUGCUUGCCAGUAUGUGUGCGAAAAUGUCCUAAUAAACUGCAAAUCCGUCAGCUAUUGCAGUACAAGCCACUCAGCGAUGAACUAAGAGAAAAGCUGCAGUUUUCCCUUAAGGAAUAUAUAGACAACAUUUUAAAGCAGGAAAAUGAGCUGGAAGAGAUGAAUGUAAAAGAACCAAGAACAGAAGAGGAAAAGGAGAAUGCUGCAAGUCUCCUUGAACUGGUUACGUCCUUCCCUAACUGGGAGGAGUCAACUGAAAAUCUCAGUGAUAGAGCUCACAUAACUGAGCUGUAUGAACGGGCAGUGGCUUCUCAUCGCCAGUGUCGUACAGAGGAGACAAUCACUACCCAAAGAGAGGACCAACGGCAGAAGUUCAGCCCAGAAGGAGUAACACCAGUGUCCAAGUGGCAGAGCAGACUAGAAGAGUACAGGAAGGAACUUGAUGAAGAAAAGAAGUCUUUAAUGGCAAUAAGAAACAAAAUAAUUCCUCCAUAUUUUGAAUCAGAAUUCGGCAAGGAGUUUUUCCUGAAAAAGUUUCCUGACGUGGAAGCACUGUCUAUGGAACUUCCUCCAGUUCAAAAAAAACAAAGUGGGAAUAUCCCUCUAGAGAUGAUCAAAAAACCCAGUAGAG